AUGCGAAGAAAAUUCAGAAUGAAGAAGGAGCAAAUUGAAGAACAAACUACGUGGGUUUCAAGAAACAAGUUCAUUUCUGAAUCACUUUCUUCAUUCAAGUAUGAAUUCUGUGAAAGAAACUCUGGGCUUGAAGUUGAGAAUUCAAGCUUGAAGCUUUUAUUGAAAAGUUGGCAUUUGGGUUAUUCCGCAAUUUUGUGGAAAUACAUGAACUGUGUGUUGAAAGUUUGGAAAUUUUUGGAUUGGGGUUUUUGGAGGGAGAGUAAAUGUAAUUGGAAAUUUGAGAUCUCAGGGCGAACUAUUAGUGCUUGUGUUACAUGGAUUUUGAGUGUUGAGAGAGAGAGAGAUAUGCAACCACCUCAUCAGCAUUCGCGGAUCAAUCUUACUGAGUUUAAAGUUCAGUUAGUGAGGAAACUUGGGCCGAUGGGGUCCAAGCAGUAUUUUCGUUACUUGAAUAGCUUCUUGAGUUUGAAGCUGAGUAAGGUCGAGUUCAAUAAGCUUUGUCUUAGGAUUCUUGGGCGGGAGAAUAUUCCGUUACACAAUCUGUUUAUUCGAUCAAUACUGAAAAAUGCUUGUAGUGCAAAACUCCCACCACAGACAAUUUACAGUGAUGAUGUGAAUCACGGUACACAAGUUAAUAACAAGGAGAUUCCGAAUGAUUGUAGUCAUCAAAAUGGACCUCAAACCACCAAGACACUGGCUUCUGGUUUGCCAGGUUUGGUGAAUGGAGGUGACAUAUUGCCGGUGUCACCCAAAAAAGCCAGGACAGGUUCCCGUGAUAGGAGGACUGGGGAACGCCUUAGUGCACUUGUACCAAAUGGUGAAACAAGUUUUGCAUCUCAGCACUUGACUGGUGCACGGUCAAGUGAUUUCAAUGUCUUCUUGGAGAAUGGGAAUCUGAAUCCACUUGAUAUUGGGAGGCCAAUGCAGCAUCAUCAAGAACUCAUGCAGGAAGCAGGGAAUGAAACGAUAAAGACAUCUAAUGGUCCAGGUUCUGUACAUAGCAAUGACUCAACUGAAUUGCUUGUUAGAGAUAAAGGGAAAGAGGUCUACGCCAGGAGCCUGCUUAGAGCUCCACUUGGGAUUCCACCAUGCUCAGUCAGCAUUAGAGGGGCCCACAAAGCUCUGCCACGUGCAAGUAGCAGUAGAUUUUUUAGCACAUAUCGCGAUGGUGCUUUGUUAGACAGCCUAACAUUAAGGGAAAGAAUGGGGCAGAUUGCUGCAGCACAGGGUCUCGAAGGGGUGUCAAUAGACUGUGCCAACAUACUGAACCAUGUUUUGGAUUGUUACAUGAAAAAUUUAAUCAGGUCUUGCAUUGAACUUGUGGGGGCUAGGUUUGGGCACGAGCUAACAAAAAGUAAUAUCCACAACCACCAGGCUUAUAUGAAGCUUGUUAAUGGUGUCAGACCAGGUCAUCAACAGCAGAUGCAGAUUAGUGGUCGGCCUUUGGAUUUUCAAGAACAGAGAGCCCACUGCACCAUUUCUCUGCAGGAUUUUAGGGUUGCCAUGGAGUUGAAUCCUCAGCAACUAGGUGAAGACUGGUCGUUGCUGCUGGAGAAAAUAUGUACACGUGCAUUCGAAGAGUAA